AUGAAAGCGCCGGAAAAAGAUGAAGCCGUUGCCAACCAUCCCAAGAGCGCCAAGGGCGCAGAGUUCACCGGAAAAAAAAUAGAAAACAUGAAGACAAAUAAACAGGACGAAUAUAAGGAAGCCGUGAAGGAAUAUCUGUCCAGUAUUGACAACGAAGUGCUAACAAAGUUGAGCUGUUUUUCUGGCCUUGGAUAUUAUCUAGCCAAACUGAAGCUAAAAGUGAACAAAUUCUAUUUUAUCUAUUCGAUUCUAACUUUAGUUAAUUUUUCCAUUUACGUAAACAGAGGAAUAAUUCCUGGGUCCUAUGAUUAUUUAUCUUCAUACCUAAGGGAGAAGUUUGCUACAUCUAAUGUAGAUGUACACAUAGGGUUUUUAACGUCCGUUUUUGUCUUUGGAUUAAGCAUAAGCUCCAUCCUUAGUGGAUCCCUUGCGUCAACUUAUAGUGCAUUCAGGAUAACAGACAUAUUUCUUUUUCAAAAUUCGUUAGCCUUACUCAUGACUGGUUUUUCCUUUAUCAUCGGUUCGUACUACUCCUUAAUGUUUAGUAGAUUCUUCUGCGGGUUCAGUGAAGCUGCCUUCAUUACCAUUAUCCCUCCUCUGAUUUAUUCAUAUUCUAAAGAUCGGGCUGGCUCCUGGAUUAGUAUUUUCUUAACAAUGUUCCCUUUGGGGGGUUGUACGGGUUACCUGCUUGCCGUUUUGUUACCUGCACUGAAAAUUAGCAUAGCACAGUACUUCACUGGUUCGGGGGUCCUCUUCAUGAUUUUCUUCCUUUUGUUCUACCUAUUUGAUGAAGAUUUAUUAAAAAAGUAUGAGGACGAGAAGAGCAAGAAGGAGCAGCAGUCAAAGGAGAACCAGCUGGAAGAUGCUUCCAAAGAUGCAACGGAGGAGGAGAAGAACAAAGGGAAGUUGCCCAAGGGAGGUGUUCAAUCUGGUGGCUCAAAUUCCGGUACGGGAAACGAGGGAAUCACUCAGAAAAGCACAAGCGUCACCACAUCUGAGGCGGCAAACUCGGCUAUCAAUUCGACCAACUCUGCGAUUACGUCUGCAACAACGUCGACCUCGAGUACCCCUGCCGGAAUGGUGCCCGGAGAUAGACCGUCCCCCAUGAGCGCAAGUAACGCCAGUUCAGGGAGGAAUUCCCCCAUUGGGCAGUCUCAACGUGCAAAUAGUAGAAAGCAGACUGGAAAGACGCAAAAUAUUGCCGCCAAGCAAAAGUCCUUCGAAGAAGAUAUGGAAAUCAGAAAAAAAGGCACAAACAGCAGCUCAGGAUUGUACGAAGAAAUUAUGCACCAAGCAAGCGAUGCAACAAGUUUUAACAAAACGAGGUCCUUUAAUUCUACGAAGAAAAAUUACAGCGAUCUAAACAGCAAUGUCUAUAUGGGAGAAAUAGAUUUGGAAGCAAACGAAGACCAAGAACAGGAAUAUAUUAACAACAACAGCUACAUAAACAACAAUCUCGACAAAAUGUAUCUAACAAAAUCCUUUGGAAACGAUGGCGCUUACAUGAGUACCACUCAGGAAUCUUACGACAAAACAAAGAAGGACAACAAGUAUUUAGAAAUCGAGCUAGACAACUGUAUCGAAUCUAUGGACGAUGAGAAAAACAAUGAACACCUGAACUUGGGUCUCCUUGUAAAUACCACCCUAACGAAUAUUGGCUUCCUAAUAAUAGUUAUUGCACUAACGGCACACACGGACAUGGUGCAGUCGUUUUUGGUAUACGGUGCACCCAUCCUGUAUGCGCUAAAGAUCUUCCCAUCGUAUAAAGCUGCCACCGUUUUCUGUAGUCUCUGUGCUUGUGUCUCCUCUAUUAUUGGCACCUGCUUGGGAGGCUUCCUUAUGGAUUCAUACAACCUUAACAUACAAAAUGUAGACAAGAAUUAUGAGCACAUAAAUAGCAAUGAGAACAAAAUAAAAAUGUAUAGCAAGGACCCGUUAAUGUAUCAGUACCUUCGAAUUAUCGGCUUUCAGACCGCCAUCAUUUUAGUCAUUGCCUGUUCUUUCAUUAUGCUAAUGCCUUUUAUUACCAACACGUAUCUCUUCACCUUCGUGAUGACCCUCGGGAUGACCUUCGUCUUCUCCGCCAUGCCUGGCCACAACAUCGGAGUUAUGGUGUGCGUGCCUCAGAACAUCCGUGCCUUUUCCAUAGGAAUGUCCUCCUUCAUUUCGCAUCUGCUUGGAGACAUCCCCUGGACGAUCAUCAUCGGCAAGAUUAAGGGAACCCUAUCCCCGGACUGCGUCGUGACGAGAAAUGGAGAAUUGAGCGAGCGCUGCUUCCAACAAAGCAGGGGUCUGAGGGUGACCCUUUUCAUCAUCUGCUCCAAGUCGCUCCUCAUGGCGUUGGCCAGCUUUCUCCUGAACAUAUACGCAAAGAAGAAAAUGAUAAAAUACAAGAACAAGCAAAGCAAUAAGGCGUAA